AUGGCUGCGAAAGGACAAACAGAGGCCACCUGUAAUCUUGGAAAUACCAACAAGAUUGCCGAUGAAGUUGGGGAGAGGACAGAGGAAGAAAAAGGGAAUAGUACUAUUGGCGACGCCUAUGUUAACUUUAAAGAUUUCCAGAAAGCCAUAGAGUACCAUGAACGAGACCUCAAAAUUUCCAAAGAAGUGGGAGACAGGGCAGGAGAAGGAAAAGCGUACUGUAAUCUUGGCAACGCCUAUGACAGUCUUGGAGAUUUCCAGAAAGCCAUAGAGUACCAUAAACGAGACCUCAAAAUUUCCAAAGAAGUGGGAGACAGGGCAGGAGAAGGAAAAGCGUACUGUAAUCUUGGCAACGCCUAUGACAGUCUUGGAGAUUUCCAGAGCGCCAUAGAGUACCAUGAACGAAAUCUCAAAAUUUCCAAAGAAGUGGGAGACAGGGCAGGAGAAGGAAAAGCGUACUGUAAUCUUGGCAACGCCUAUUGCAGUCUUGAAGAUUUCCAGAAAGCCUUAGAGUACCAUGAACGAGACCUCAAAAUUUCCAAAGAAGUGAGAGACAGGGCAGGAGAAGGAAGAGCGUACUGUAAUCUUGGCAUUGCUUUUCAAAAUCUUGGAGAUUUCCAGAAAGCCAUAGAGUAUCAUGAACGACAUCUCAAAAUUUCCAAAGAAGUGGGAGACAGGGCAGGAGAAGGAAAAGCGUACUGUAAUCUUGGCAACGCCUAUGACAGUCUUGGAGAUUUCCAGAAAGCCAUAGAGUACCAUGAACGAGACCUUAAAAUUUCCAAAGAAGUGGGAGACAGGGCAGGAGAAGGAAAAGCGUACGGUAUUCUUGGCAACGCCUAUGACAGUCUUGGAGAUUUCCAGAAAGCCAUAGAGUACCAUGAACGAGACCUCAAAAUUUCCAAAGAAGUGGGAGACAGGGCAGGAGAAGGAAGAGCGUACUGUAAUCUUGGCAUUGCUUUUCAAAAUCUUGGAGAUUUCCAGAAAGCCAUAGAGUACCAUGAACGACAUCUCAAAAUUUCCAAAGAAGUGGGAGACAGGGCAGGAGAAGGAAAAGCGUACUGUAAUCUUGGCAUCGCCUAUGACAGUCUUGGAGAUUUCCAGAAAGCCAUAGAGUACCAUGAACGAGACCUCAAAAUUUCCAAAGAAGUGGGAGACAGGGCAGGGGAAGGAAAAACGUACGGUAAUCUUGGCAACGCCUAUGACAGUCUUGGAGAUUUCCAGAAGGCCAUAGAGUACCAUGAACGAGACCUCAAAAUUUCCAAAGAAGUGGGAGACAGCGCAGGAGAAGGAAAAGCGUACGGUAAUCUUGGCAACGCCUAUGACAGUCUUGGAGAUUUCCAGAAAGCCAUAGAGUACCAUGAACGAGACCUCAAAAUUUCCAAAGAAGUGGGAGACAUGGCAGGAGAAGGAAAAGCGUACUGUAAUCUUGGCAUCGCCUAUGACAGUCUUGGAGAUUUCCAGAAAGCCAUAGAGUACCAUGAACGACACCUCAAAAUUUCCAAAGAAGUGGGAGACAGGGCAGGAGAAGGAAAAGCGUACGGUAAUCUUGGCAACGCCUAUCGCAGUCUUGGAGAUUUCCAGAAAGCCAUAGAGUACCAUGAACGACAUCUCAAAAUUUCCAAAGAAGUGGGAGACAGGGCAGGAGAAGGAAUUGCCUACGGUAAUCUUGGCAACGCCUAUGACAGUCUUGGAGAUUUCCAGAAAGCCAUAGAGUACCAUAAACGACAUCUCAAAAUUUCAAAAGAAGUGGGAGACAGGGCAGGAAAAGGAAUUGGCUACGGUAAUCUUGGCAACGCCUAUUACAGUCUUGAAGAUUUCCAGAAAGCCAUAGAGUACUAUGAACGACAUCUCAAAAUUUCCAAAGAAGUGGGAGACAGGACAGGAGAAGGAAAAGCGUACUGUAGUCUUGGCAGCGCCUUUGACAGUCUUGGAGAUUUCCAGAAAGCCAUAGAGUACCAUGAACGAGGCCUCCAAAUUUUUAAAGAAGUGGGAGACAGGGCAGGAGAAGCAAUUGCCUACGGUAAUCUUGGCAACGCCUAUGACCGUCUUGGAGAUUUCCAGAGCGCCAUAGAGUACCAUGAACGACAUCUCAAAAUUUCAAAAGAAGUGGGAGACAGGGCAGGAGAAGCAAUUGCCUACGGUAAUCUUGGCAACGCCUAUCACAGUCUUGGAGAUUUCCAGACAGCCAUUUACUGUUAUAAGAAAAGUGUCAUUGCCUUCGACUAUAUCAGGGGAAAUCUCAUAUCUAAUGACGAAUGGAAGAUUAGUCUUGGGAGUACGUAUGAUAAUAUUAAUUUGAGUCUCUGGGGGCUACAGUUUAAGCAAGGUAAAGUUGUGGAGGCACUUUUAACUGCUGAUCAUGGACGUGCCCAAGCUUUAAAUGAUCUUCUGGAGUUAAAGUAUGGGUUUAAAGGGUUGUCUCGUGAAAUAGGAACAUUCUCUACAACAACACCUGACAUUCUUAAUUACCUACCAGCAAAUACAGCUUUUAUAGGUAUCAACGAGGAAGGAAUAGUUCUCUGGGUGAACGAGAAAGGAAACGAAAUCAAAACUAGAAAAACUCAGAUCGAUAUCUCCGUCAAAACCUAUUUUCAGUCUCUCCUGGAAACUGCACAUGAAGAAAUAGGUGUGAGAGCUGAUGUUAACUGUGAAGAUCGCUCAUUAAGAAACCCAAGCGAUAAAAAGUUAGCAGAAGAUAGUUCCCCCAGUAACCCAAGAUCUCAUUCCUCAUCUUUUGAGACAAAGUCAUUACAAACAUUUUACAAAGUUGUUAUGGACCCUAUAAGAGACUUACUCCAAAGCGAUGAGGUUGUGGUUGUUCCACAAGGACCUCUUUGUUUGGCCCCUUAUGCUGCUUUCAUUGACUUGAAAUCUAAGUACCUCUGCGAAACUUUUAGAAUUCGCCUACUUCCGUCACUUUCUAGUCUGCGAUUAAUCCAAAAUUGUCCAGCAGAUUGGCACAGCAAGACUGGCGCUCUUCUCGUCGGCGAUCCGUGGGUACAGGAGGUAGUUUAUGAAGGAAUGAGGCUAAAGCAGUUAGCGUGGGCCGCAAAGGAAGUACAGAUGAUUGGGGAAAUACUUCAAACUGAACCCCUCGUUGGAAAGCAGGCAACAAAAGAUGAAGUGUUAACACGUAUCUCCUCGGUUGCUCUGGUGCACAUUGCUGCUCACGGUAAAAUGGAAACAGGAGAAAUUGCCUUGGCCCCAAACACAACACGUUCAUCCGUGAAUCCAGCCAGGGAGGACUAUCUCUUAACUAUGAAAGAUGUUUUAGAGGCGCAAAUUAGGGCAAGACUUGUUGUACUCAGUUGUUGUCAUAGUGCCCGGGGAGAAGUCAAAUCUGAGGGUGUGGUCGGUAUUGCACGGGCAUUUUUAGGUGCUGGUGCUCGCUCUGUUCUGGUGUCCUUGUGGGCGAUCGACGACGAAGCUACUAUGGAGUUCAUGAAAGUUUUCUACCAACAACUAGUCCAUGGACGAAGUGCCAGUGAGUCUCUGAAUAAAGCCAUGAAAUCCAUGAGAGAAUCUGACCGCUUUAACGCAGUGAAGUACUGGGCGCCGUUUGUUCUCAUUGGUGACGACGUAACGUUCGAGUUUUAGGGCAUCCAAUAAAUAGCAAGGUAUUUUAGGGUAUAAUUAUUUAAACCUUGGAUAAUAUUGCGUGGUUUAGGAAACAUAUUUUAACAAGGAAUUAUAGUUAUUUAUGACCUUUUAUUGAGCAACGAACUCAACCGCUGCCACGUAGCGUCAAUCUGCCAAUCACAGGUCAAGUUCAACAACAAUGGAGUCUGAAUUUGGUAGUUCUUUUGGCAGUUAAACACUAGAAAAUUUAUUUCAAGUCGCAUGAUUUUUUCACAUUUCGAAGUGUGCCCCGUCUGAGUUCGUUCCACUGUAACUUACAGUCGAACCUGACGUAAGCGACGACUCAAAAUGCGAAGAUCAAAUUUCCAGUCGCUUAUUUUACGGAAGGUGUCGCUUAGGAAAGUCUCUAGAUAUGGUAAAUCCUUUAUUAAGCCUCCCGGGGGGUUUACUCAUUUCAAGAACGUUUGAGAGGGAAGAGGGGCUUAUUUAAUGAAGCGAAGAUUGUGAUAUCAUUUCCCCAUAAAGAACUAGAACCUAAAGUGAAAAAUCUCAGGGACAUGAAGUUGGAGGUCAUGAUCAGCCGAGGAUCCAAAUCAAAUCGAAACUUGCAGCUCAUGAAUAAACCAUACCCGAUAAUCAGUCCACAUGAAGUGUUAGAGUCGUGGUAAAUUAACACAUCUAUCAUACGUCUAUUGUAUAAGAAUAGGGAGAAGAGACUUGAAAGAGAGGAGGAGGUUAAAUGAUUUUCCUCUUAAAAGAGGCUUAUUAGAGAGGAAGGCUUAAUAAAGAAUUUAUGGUAUGUAAGUUUCUUUGAAUCUACAAUAAGUCUAAUCAUUGGUUGAAGGUACGAGUUUUAAUGUGACCCUUUGCUCUUAUAAAUUUAGGGCGUGUUCGAUUCACCGUAUUCCGCGUCUAAUGGAAUAGCCUCGCCAGAAAUCACUUGUUCUGUCUUUCAUUCUACAAAACUGCUUGAAAUAAAGUAUUUUGAUCUAUAUAAACUUUAGAUGGUUCAAAAAUUACGGUAUAGAAGAGGUUUGCAUCAAAACUUUUGCGUAUUCUUAUUCCGGGGUACGAUCAAUCGAGCACACUCUUAAAAGUCAGUUGUCAAAAUGUUAUGCCUCGCCAGAUGAAGUCACUAUCCUUUUCUUUUGUUAGCUUGCUAACGUUGCUUUUCCUGUUGUGGUUGUUGUUGUAUAGGUAUGAUGAAGAAUGCAAUGAAGCAGUUCCUAACUAUCUGAGGGUGAAGACAGUUUCUAAUUUUGUCACGAUUACGAGGUGGAGCGUUCCUCGCAAGAAUAGAAACACUGUAUCCAGAAGAAAAAAUUAUCUGCUGUUAAUAUUUUGCGUAGUCUGA